AUGAGCCAGGAGGGGUUUUCGUUGAAAUCUCGCCGUCUAUCAAGUAAGCCCAAGGAUUCUCCCAGCUUCUCUCGCAUGCUUCGGAGUCACCAGAGCACCCAUUCGUUAUCUCGGAAUAAUACUGGGCCUAUUAUCAGUGUGAUUGGCAGCCGUGAACAUACCCGCUCGCGCUCCAACACCGACUCGAGUUCGCCUGCCUCCGACGGCCCGUCCCCGGUCGACGACUCUUCUUCCUCCCGUCUACGCUCUCGCUUCGGUCGGUUUUCUUACGACCACAAAGCCAAAGGUUCGCAUGAAUUAACUGCUCCGCCUGAUCCGCGGGGUAAGCUUAGUGCCUUGGACGAGGACGAGGAACCAGAUCCCAAGUUCAUCCCCCCGCCUUUGCGCACCCGCCGCACCGUCACCAACCCUGACCAGGCCCGAAAGCUCCGCCAGUCUGCUAGCUUCACCGAUCUGCCGACCGCACGCAUGGCUUCGCUAGGCAGCCGCGAUCCGUCGCAAAUCAAGAGGUAUUCCGAUGAGGGCGAAAAUGUCCCUCCCCCCACCCACCGCUCCGCGAGGAACAGCCAACUGCCAGCUCCACGUGGGAGGAAAGACAAGAAAGCGAGCUUCUCCAGUUUCGUCAGUAGCAUGCUCGGUUCCCCCCGCCAUGUCAAGAUUUCAUCUCCUGAGAACCCCGUGCAUGUCACUCACGUUGGCUACGAUAACCAAACCGGCCAAUUCACCGGGCUCCCCAAGGAAUGGCAGCGACUGCUACAGGAGAACGGUAUUACCAAGCAAGAGCAGGAGCAACAUCCCCAGACCAUGAUGGAUAUCAUGACUUUUUACGAAAAGAACACCCGGGAAGAUAACGAAGAGGUCUGGCACAAAUUCCAAGGCCCCGCGCAGCGCCCCCCCAUCCCAAAAUCAGAAUCUCCUUCUUUGAGCUCAACACCGGUUUCGCCCGCCCCCGGUUCAAUCCUCCCGCAUCGCUCGCCUCCGAAACCUCCGGUAUCCGACGAAGUGUCCUCACCCCCACCCCGCGUCCCUUCGCCAGACGAAGCCGACAAAGAUAUUCGGGAGUUCCUGAGCAGCUCUGCUUUGCCUCUCGUAGAUACGGGAUCUCUGUUUGCACAACUCGACUCGCCCGGCGCCGAAAGGUCCAAAGCCAAGGACUUUGCAACCUCAGCUGUUCAGGAUUUCGCCGCGCCCUCAACAACGAAGGACUUCGCAGCUCCUCCAUCGGCUGCCACGAAAGGCUUCGCUUCCCCAUCAACGACAGAUGGCUCCGCGGCGACAUCAUCCACGAAAGAUUUGGCGAAUACAUCGGCAACGAAGGAUUUCGCGGCGACUUCGACAACAAAGGAUUUUGCUUCAAAUCCGGCCAAGACCUCCACUGGCUACCAGCGACAACAGGAGCAGAUCAUGGCAGCAGCGCAGAAGGCGCUUGCAUCAAAACAAUUGGACCGUAGCAACAGCCAACGCAACGGAAAGCCGCUGCCGGCGAUCGACACGAGCGCUGCGACCACAGGCGCCAACUCCUCGGAUCCCACUGCACCGGCAGUUCGACCCCGACAGCCCAAGCCUCAACCGAAUACUGAGGAGGUGAAACAGCGCUUGAUGGCAAUCUGCCAGCCCGGCGAUCCGACCAAGAUCUACCACCAAUUUACCAAAAUCGGCCAAGGUGCUUCUGGUGGUGUUUUCACCGCCUAUGAGCAUGCUACCAACCAAUGCGUGGCCAUUAAGCAAAUGAACUUGGAUCUCCAACCAAAGAAAGACCUGAUUAUCAACGAGAUUCUCGUCAUGAAGGACAGCAGGCACAAGAACAUCGUCAAUUUCAAAGCAGGUUAUCUUCGUGGAAUUGAACUAUGGGUUGUCAUGGAGUACAUGGAGGGUGGCAGUCUUACAGAUGUGGUCACAUUUAACAUGAUGAGCGAGGGUCAGAUUUCCGCUGUGUGCAAAGAGUAUGGCCGAAAGGUUGACAUCUGGAGUCUGGGUAUCAUGGCCAUUGAGAUGAUCGAUGGAGAGCCCCCAUAUCUGACAGAGUCACCUCUCCGUGCGCUAUAUCUGAUUGCAACAAACGGUACCCCGAAGAUCAAGGAUGAGCAGAACUUGUCCUCAACUUUCCGCGAUUUCUUAAAACGAGCUCUCACCGUCGAUGCCGAGAAGCGUGCCUCGGCCGAAGAUCUCUUAGAUGUUUGUGCACCUCUCCUCUAUUCGAGCGACCUGAUUAUUGACAAUUGCUCUAGCACUCCUUCAUGA